GCUCAGCAGCGACUUCACCGCUGCAACUUUGAUGACAGUGGGUAUUUUUUUUUUGGGGAUCCGUCGAUGAGCGCGUUUGAAGUGCCUUACUGGUGAAGACAAGGGGAUCGAGUCUCGACCUGUGGUUUCCCCCCUUCUCUGCCCAGUCCGGAUCAAAAAAUGAAACUCCUGAUCUGUGUGAUAACAGUCGCCUUGGCGGUGGGAUCUGCGCACGGAGGUAAGAAGUCUGAUGAGCCAUGUGGGGGCAGAAACUGUGGCGAAGGAUGCAGGUGCAACCCAGAGAAAGGCAGCAGGGGUCGUCCGGGGCCUCUCGGCGAGGUUGGUCAGAGUGGACCGGAGGGGCCACGUGGGACUGUGGGGCCAACGGGGCCUAAAGGAGAGAAGGGCCACAUUGGAUUUAAAGGACCAUCCGGCCCCAAAGGAGACAAGGGGCCGAUGGGAGUGCCGGGGUUCACAGGGACUGAUGGAGUACCUGGUCACCCUGGUCAGGACGGUGGACGUGGACCUUCAGGACUGGACGGAUGUAACGGGACCAGAGGAGAAUCUGGAUCGCCCGGCUACGGGACCGGAGGACCUGGAAUACCUGGACUCUCUGGGCCUUUUGGGCCAAAGGGUCAGAAAGGAGAGCCUCGAUACAUCUCAGAUAACGGCAUCACGAGUUUUCCAGGUUUAGGCGGAGAAGACGGUCGACCUGGUAUCAGAGGUCCUGAUGGUCCACCUGGUUUUCCCGGUCCGACGGGUCCUGAGGGAUUCACCGGCCCACCUGGUCCUCCCGGUCCUCCAGGGCCAAUGGGGAGCCAGAGUGACGGAUAUGAAGGAGAGAAAGGAGACAAGGGCGACGUGGGUCUUCCCGGACCUAGUGGUACCCCCGGCGACGGGUCGCUCAGAAGCGAACAAACUCUCACUAUCUACAAAGGAGAUAAGGGUGAGCCCGGACCAAAGGGGAUCAGAGGGUUCACCGGCCUUCCUGGCAAUCCUGGACCUUUCGGCUAUCCUGGUGAACCCGGAGAGAAGGGCAUUCUUGGAUACCCCGGGGCAAGAGGUUCUCCUGGUUUCAACGGGCCUCCCGGUCCUCCAGGACAACAGGGAUACAGCGGUUCUCCAGGUUUCCAGGGGCCACCAGGAUACACUGGACCAAAGGGAGACCAGGGCAACCCCGGAGCACCAGGACCUGCUUCUUACGUUAGCGGUCCAGGAACUGCUGUUCAAGGGUCAACAGGUGACCGGGGUCAAAGCGGCCUGCCCGGUCCCAACGGUGACCAGGGCUUUCCAGGAUACCCAGGACAACCAGGCCAGCCAGGAGUCGGUGGUUCUGGUCCAAGUCGCCAAGGUUUCCCCGGGACCAUCGGCCCGAAGGGAGAGAAAGGUAACCAAGGGAUACCAGGCUACGGUUUCGAAGGAGCCCCCGGUGAACCUGGACUCCCCGGACCCCGCGGAUCUGCUGGACCUCAGGGCCCUACGAGUUCUCCAAACGGUGGCACCGCAGCUUUCAAUGGACAGCCUGGGCCUACUGGCCCCAGAGGAGAGCCUGGUGAAAGAGGAUACGGUGGUUUCAGAGGUGAUCCUGGCGACUGUAACUGCCGUGGAGGAGGCACUUCAGGGUUGCCUGGGUUACCUGGAAUCCCAGGAGUCAACGGCAACCCCGGCUUCCCUGGACGAAAGGGGGAGCUUGGCGACGGCGGCUCUCCUGGCUUUAACGGCGUUCAGGGACCUCCUGGUCGUGGUGGUGACCGAGGUUACUUUGGUCGUAAGGGAGAGAAGGGGACGUCUUCGUACAGCAACCAGGGUUUCGGGGUAAAAGGAGAGCUCGGAUCCACCGGACUCAGAGGACCUACUGGAGAAACUGGAAAAUCUGGCAGAGACGGACUUCCUGGCUUCCCCGGAACCCCUGGACCACCAGGCGACGGCGGCUACGGCACAGUUGGAGAGAAAGGUUUCCCAGGGUUCCCGGGGCCUAAGGGUCGACCCGCCAGCCCCCGAGGCGAGCCCGGCAUCGGCUACCCGGGGAUACCCGGCCUUCGUGGAGGGGAUGGCGACCCCGGUAUUCCUGGGUUGCCGGGGCCACCUGGUUCUGCUGGACCGAAAGGUGAAAACAGCUGUGAAGGGGUUAAUGACGCCGGAGAGGGAACGGGCCAAGUGCUACCUUGCUUCAUACCCGGUGAGGGAGGAGACCCCGGUUUCCCCGGUUUACCUGGACGACCAGGUAUCAAAGGUGGGCCAGGUUUCCCAGGAAACACUGGACGUCCCGGGUUCGACGGUGCCAAAGGAGAGAGAGGAGACUCCGGUUUUGGAGGCCAACCUGGACCACAAGGUUUCCCUGGACCCAGAGGGGAUCCUGGAAUUUCAGGUGUUCCAGGACAGAGUUUUGACGGAGGCAGAGGGAAUAACGGUCUUCCAGGGCGUAAUGGGGCCAAAGGUCAACCAGGAGAGGUACUGGGAGCCACACCUGGUAGUCCUGGACAGAACGGUUUACCAGGAAUCUCUGGAGAUAAGGGCCAACCCGGGACGCCAGGAGGACCUGGAUUACCUGGUUCUGACGCACGCUACGGUGUUCCGGGUCUGAAGGGAGAGCGCGGCGUUGACGGUCUUCCUGGUAUCACCGGCCUUCCCGGACUUCCAAGUGAGCGGACUUUUGGCAUUCCUGGUCGGCCUGGACUUCCUGGCAGCAGCGGACUGAGCGGAUCACCAGGUUUCCCCGGUCGUAAGGGAGAAAGAGGAGACCCAGGUUUCCCAGGUCCGGCUGGAAUGAAGGGAACCCCUGGACAGCCCGGCUUUACUGGAACCCCGGGGCCAAGGGCCCCUGGACCUCCAGGACCAGGAACUAGAGAUGGAGUUCCAGGAAUCCCGGGACUGAAGGGUGAAAGAGGUUUUGCAGGACUGAUGGGUUUCCCUGGUCGACCUGGUCGUCCUGGAAACCCAGGGUUUCCUGGAGCGAAAGGAGAGGCUGCAGGACCCGGAAGAGACGGACUCCCCGGCGCUCCCGGAUUCCCCGGACAGAAAGGUGAGAGAGGAUACAGCGGUCUCCCCGGCUUGCCCGGUCCUGUUGUCCAUCAAGGGUUUGUGGCGAAAGGAGAACCCGGAGUACCUGGAGGCAGCGCCUUCCCUGGCUUCCCCGGACCCAGAGGUGACAAGGGUUUUCCAGGUCUGCCUGGUCGUCAGGGUCUACCUGGACUUCCUGGUUAUGCUGAGCAGAGUAAAGGGCAGCCCGGAGAUAAUGGUUUCCCCGGGCGACCGGGAUCGCCAGGUUUCCCCGGACCGAAGGGAGAAGCUGGAAUCGUGGGAUUCCCCGGCAUGUCUGGACCACGGGGUGAUGACGGUUCACCUGGUUUCCCUGGCAACCCUGGAGAAUACGGUCGGUCCGGUGGCAAAGGUGCACCCGGAGAAAGUUACGGUUAUCCCGGAAGUCCAGGAGCUAAAGGCCAGCCAGGAGAUUCAGGCUACCCAGGUGGCCGCGCCAACGACGGCGCCCCCGGCGACAACGGCUUCCCGGGAGGUCCAGGUUUCCCCGGAGGGAAGGGAUCUCCUGGUGAAGGAGGACGGCCUGGAAUAAUGGGCUCCCCUGGUUUCCCCGGGCAGAAGGGCCAGCCCGGAUACCCAGGAAGAAGAGGACUAGAUGGGUCUCCUGGUCUGCCUGCAGGUCCUGGAAGUCCUGGAGCCAAAGGUUUACCCGGACCUCCUGGUUUGGACGGACUUAAUGGCCUUGGUGGACCUAAAGGCCUCCCUGGAACCCCAGGUGGGAAUGCAGGAGGUCGUCCAGGUUCUCCUGGUAGUCCAGGGUUUAAGGGGGAGAGAGGCGUCUCUUUCCCAGGAGGUCCAGGCUACCCCGGACCGAAGGGAGAGAGAGGAGACUCAGGUGGUUCUGGACGCCAGGGGUUCCCAGGUGUGCCCGGACCUCCUGGUCCCACUCUGGGGUCAAAUGUUCCUGGGCCUACAGGAGACCCCGGUCUCCCUGGACUGGAUGGAGAGUAUGGUCGUGAAGGUCUUCCAGGUCCUCCCGGCCCGCCCGGUCCAGGCACAGCCCAGGGAGACAGGGGGGACUCUGGGCUCCCGGGCUUCCCCGGCUCCCCCGGCAGGAAAGGAGACUCAGGAAUCCCCGGAGGCCCCGGACUCCCCGGCGGCUCCGGUUUCAAAGGAGGACGAGGUGAGGCCGGCUACAACGGAGGUCCUGGUGGCAAGGGUUACCCCGGUGAACCUGGUUACUACGGAGGCAAAGGACCCAAGGGAACACAAGGUAAUCCGGGUGGUAGGGGAGCCCCUGGGCCCAUGAUGGCACCGCCACCCUUCCCGCCGAAGGUCAACGGAGAUCCUGGUUUCCCCGGUGCAGCUGGCAGGCCCGGUGUCCCCGGAGAAUCUGGUCAGACUGGAAUACCUGGACGUUCAGGUCCUAAGGGUCGUCCCGGUCCUGUGGGUAAACUGGGCCGGACCGGAUCUCCUGGUUUUCCCGGACCCAUCGGCGAAGGCGGACCCCCCGGUUUCCCCGGACCGACUGGAGAACAAGGUCCCACCGGUAACACCGGUCGUCCCGGCUCUCCCGGUGGCGUCGGCCGCAGUUCCAGCAUCGGCUACACUCUGGUGAAGCACAGCCAGAACUCCCAGGUCCCCAUGUGUCCUCAGGGCAUGGCCAAGCUGUGGGACGGCUACAGUCUGCUGUUUGUGGAGGGACAGGAGAAGGCACACAACCAGGACCUCGGUCAGCCCGGGUCAUGCCUCCCCAGGUUCAGCACCAUCCCCUUCCUCUACUGCUCCCCCAACGAGGUCUGCUACUACGCCAGCCGCAACGACAAAUCCUACUGGCUCUCCACAACCGCGCCCAUACCCAUGAUGCCCGUGGCCGAGCUGCAGAUACAACCUUACAUCAGCAGGUGUUCUGUGUGUGAGGCUCCGUCUCUGGCGGUGGCGGUCCACAGUCAGGACAUGAGCAUCCCCACCUGUCCUCCCGGCUGGAGGAGUCUGUGGAUAGGAUACUCCUUCCUCAUGCACACGGCAGCCGGCGCUGAGGGCGGCGGUCAGUCGCUGGUGUCUCCCGGCUCCUGCCUGGAGGAUUUCCGUGCGACGCCGUUCAUCGAGUGCAACGGGGCCAAGGGCAGCUGCCACUACUUCGCCAACGAGUACAGCUUCUGGCUCACCACCGUGGAGCCCAGCCAGGAGUUCGUCUACGCACCGGCGCAGGAGACCCUGAAGGGAGGCCAGGAGCGCUCCAGAGUCAGCCGCUGCCAAGUCUGCAGCAAGCUCUUGUAGUAGGAGGAGGAGGAGCGGAGGGAUGGAGGUGAUCUAUUAACACCUCCAAGAAGAGAGGUGCUAAUGAUGGAGGAUGAGGUGAUUUAUAAGGAAAUCAAAAAAAAAAAGAACAAGUGACUGACUGAAAAUAAGCCUCCCUCAAGAAUCGAGUCAAAACAACAUCGUCUUUUGAUCCCCUUUUAUGAAUGAAUGGCUUAUUACAACAACAAAACGAGUAUGAGUGAGGAAAUGGAAAGAGCAGAGUUCCGUCGCUCUUCUCUCGAUUAUCACUGACAAUGGUGCUAUUGUUUAAGUGUUUAUUUUGUGUCUGUUUUCUGUAUUUUUGUGUCGGUUUUUUUGGGGCGGGAAUCAUUCUCGGCUACCUCAGAGAGUGGCCCCCCCCCCC